AUGGACUGCCCUACACUGAACUGCCUCACACUGGACUGCCUCACACUGGACUGCCCUAGACUGGACUGCCCUACACUGGACUGCCUCACACUGGACUGCCUCAAACUAGACUGCCCUACACUGGACUGCCCUACACUGGACUGCCUCACACUGGACUGCCUCACACUGGACUGCGUCACAUUGGACUGCCUCACACUGGACUGCCCUACACUGGACUGCCCUAUACUGAACUGCCUCACACUGGACUGCCCUACACUGGACUGCCCUACACUGGACUGCCCUACACUGGACUGCCCUACACUGAACUGCCUCACACUCGACUGCACUACACUGGACUGCUCUACACUGAACUGCCCUACACUGGACUGUCCUACAAUGGACUGCCUCACACUGGACUGCCUCACACUGGACUGCCUCACACUGGACUGCCUCAAACUAGACUGCCCUACACUGAACUGCCCUACACUGGACUGUCCUACACUGAACUUCCUCACACUGGACUGUCUCACACUGGACUGUCCUACACCGGACUGCCUUACACUGGACUGCCCUACACUGGACUAA